UUCGCAUAUUCCAUUGUUGAAUCAACUCACGGACUCUUCACCGAAACAGAGAAUUAUUCUCUCUCAAAGAAUCUUCCCAAGCACCAUUUUCUAUCUCUUCCCUGUCGCACAAGCCUCAUCUCUUUCUCUUGUCUCGCUUACAAACCUUAAAAAUCAAACCCGGCAAAGCUUAACAACAAAAAUGGCGAAUCUUCACGUUCCAAACGAAUUGAUUUCAUUUCCAUUCUCUGAUUUACCAGAAGACGUCCAGGUCUGUAUCCUCUCCUUCCUCACCCCCUCCGAGAUCGCUUCAUUCGCCUGCACAUCGAAACGUUCAUCAUCGCUGUGCCAAAACGACGGCGAGCUCUGGUUCUCCAUGUGCGACCGCCGAUGGGGCUCCAGUACCCAGAUCGACAAAUGGGGCAACGGAAAAAUCACAUACAAACAGCUCUACAAAACCCUAGCCGAGUACGAGAAUUUGAUCGGUUUCUGGCGCCGCAGCGGCAACACCGGCGUCAAUUCGCCGCCUCUCGUCUUCUUCGAAUGGGGUCCGUCCUUCAUCACUGGCUCGAGGGUUUCGCCGUCAAAGGCUGGCUCGUAUCGGGUCAUGAAGGCUCCGUUUUUGUGGAUUAGUGUCGCUUCAAACGGCGAGCCUGUCAAUUUUCUUGAUCCCGAGUGUCGGUUCGAAUUAUCCGACGAUUUGAUCAAUUCCGGUGAUCUGAUUCGGGUCAAUAUUGGGUUUAUGGGGAAGAGUCACGUUGUUGUGGAGGAACAUCUGAGCUUUGCGUAUUCGAAUUCACCCAUGGGAAGGAAUAUUGGGUUUGGGAGAGUGUCCAGCUUGGGAAAUGUGGUUGGAGAAGAGUAUGGAGUCGUGGAGGAUGUGGUAGGGGCACAGAGUGGGUCACUGGGAACCUCACCGGAUCGGUUGAUGUCGGAGAUUUACCAGUACUUCGCAAACCGGACGAAUCCCGGGGGAGAUAGGGCGUCAAGGAAGCAGAGGAAGAGAGAGAAGGAGAGGCAGGGGAGGAGGAAAUGGGAGCCGGAGCAUUUUGUGAAGAUUGUCAAUUGUUCUCCCACGGCAUUGCGGCCAUUGCAGGGUUUGUGGAAGGGUAUUUGUGAUGACAUGAACUUGGAUUUUUAUCUUGUGGCAUAUGAUGACAUUGGGGGCAUUGCAUGCCGAAGGGUUGGUGAUUCGUCUACACCUUUCUCUGGAUAUUCUCCAGUGUUUUGGACGUCAAACACUAAAUUCAUUGAGUCUCCAUUUUCUUUCGAAGAAGAAAAUUUAUAUGAUAGUCGCAAACAUCUUCGAUCUCUUGCUGCAGCAGAUCACAUUCAAAGGCAAACCUCUUGGACAGAAAAUGAAGCGGUCUCACGCAUUCUUUAUAUCAAUUCAAGUUAUGACCUGGUACUUCCAGAUUUGGUAGGAACUUCUAACCCUCGGCAUGUAGAAGGAAGGAUAUGGCAAUAUAGGGAUGGGACAUUUGGGUUUGGGUUUAUUCGGGACAAUUACAUUAUAGACCUGAAGCAUAUUGCUCAAAAUGGUUGUCUUCUUGAUUCAGCGAAACUUUGUAGUGAUUGAAAUCCUUACUUAGGAUCAUUUAUGUACAAAAGGGUUUGUAUUCGGAAGCCAUUAAUGCAUUCUGGCACCACUGUAACAUAUUUAUCGUCAAUACAAUAAUGUCAAUUUGUUAAUAAUAUCUGUGCAUAUUGUUCUUUA